AAUAGCUCAUCGGAAAAAUCACUCUCUGUGUUUAGCUAACAGUGAAACUACCGCCACGCAAUGCUAGGAUUAAUCCAAGGUUUGCACUAUAUAUACCAUCUAGAAACAACAGAACUGUGUGAGUUUUGAAUCAUAUAGGUUGUUCUAAAGAACUUAUUGUGAGAUCCUAGGACCUUGUGAAACAGUUUAAUAUAACUGGACCACUAUAUGCCAUCAUGAAUUACGAGGUAGAUUUAGAAAAGAUUGGCAGUGAUUUCCUUGAUAUUAGGAGACAAAGGAACCCAAACGAUGAGCUGCAGACUUAUGGUAAACCUCAAGUUGUGUUAGAUGCUCUCAAAAUCAACGUCAAAGGUGAACCCCAGUGGUCGUUGCAACCGGUGGGAAACAUGAAAACUCAAACGGUCAACUACGAUGCCUAUCGACGAGAUCUGUACAGUGAAUUAACUGUCAGCAAUUCUUCCGUCCUCGGCAACAGUUUUACAAUAAGGCGAGGUCUGGUCAAAGGUAUUAACAAAAAACUGACCAUCCCAGUCACAAGGGAUUGGCAAACCAAACUUAACCAGACAUUUGUAGACUUGUACCCAGGCCAGACAGAGACAGACAGUAAACAAAAUGUGAAUCUCUCCUUGGAAACAUCCCAUCAGAUCAAUGUCAUGUCAUCAAGAUCUGUCGCUAAAAUUGAUGUCACUGAGAGACAUUUCAAAGGGACUGUAUCGUUCAGAGUACGUCUAAAAGGGAAUGUUCUAUUUCUCCGUGGAAGUGGUUCACCGAUUAGAGAGCUGGACAUAUCACAGAUGGUUAAAGAAGUUCAGCAAAGUGGGAGAAGUAGCGCCAAUAAUGUUUACGUUGAACACAAAAAAGGACUCCCCAAGUACGUCUGCUGGGAUAUGGAGGUCAAGGCUGACAUUCUUUGUGAUUUUGAAGAAAACCUUAGAUUGAACUAAACACAAUGGACUAUUUUUUUAAUCGCAUUCUUUUUAUGAGAGAUUUAAUGUUGAAUUUAACAUUUAGUGUAUUCUCAGGAAGUCAUUUGCCUAGUCCUAAAUCUGUUAUUUUGUAUCCCUAGUCUAACAGAUUAAUGCACAAAUAAUUAUUUUUUUUGAAAAAGUGGGGGGCAUGGGGUAAAUGUCUUCUAUGUCUAAAGGGUAGAAGAAUGUUUUUAGAUUAGGUAUGUCCAAGACUAGCCAUUUGAUAAAAUGCAAAGUAUGAUACAUUGUAGAAAUUGCGUGGUGCAUUUAACUCUACAAGAUACGAAUAACAGAAUGAAUAAAU